AGCUACCGCGCGGCCCGAUUCCGCGGCUUGGCUGGACCGGAUCCUGCAACGCCCCGCUGGAGACCCUUCCGGGACUGCCCACGUGGAGAGAGAUGGCCAGGCAGGCCCGGCCGGGCCGGCCUCCGCGCUCCAGGAUCCUGAGGAUGAAGAGGAGGAGGAGGAGGCGGAGGCGGAGAGGGCGGCUCACAGCUCUUUUGCCCUGAUGGGGCAGUUUGAACUGCAGGCCUGCAGCCCCGCAGAGGCCCAGGGGGCCUGUGAGUCUGAGGUGAGUCCCCACCUGUGGAUGUGGGUGAACCCCAACCUGGUCUGCCCCAUCCCUGGGUGUGUGGUGGCGGAGGGGCCACUGCCAAGGCCUUGGCCACCUGUGGGCCCAGCGGCUUCACCCCCCAGCCUGCCCUGCCCUCCAGAGGAGCUGCUGCCCACACCCAGUGAGGCAGAGAAGGUCUCCCGGGAAGAGGAUUCCUCCCCAGUGGAUUCUCUACCGCUCUGGAGCAGAGGAGGCACCCCUGGGCCACCCGCCCCAGCACCCUGGAAGGCAAAGGGCCUCCGCUCUCGGAGCAGGCACCCGAAGAGGGCUCAGGGGGGCUGGCCGCGCCCCCCCCUCAAUUACUGCCUCCUCAUCAGCCUGGCCUUGAGCAGGAGUGUGGACAGCAGCCUGACUGUGCAGGAGAUCUACCAGUUCACACGGUACCAGCCCCCAGGCUGUGGGGGGAGGCAGAGGCCAGGUCGGACCUGUGGCCAGAGGCGAGACAGCGGGGUCCUGUCUGUGUCCAGUGGGGGUGGGGAAGGGCUGACCUGUGGGUCGUCAUGUGCCACCAUUGCAACCCCCAGGACAGCAACCCAAGCCCCCCCCGGACACAGGCAAGACCAGAGCACGGGGCUCUCCCCCUUCCCCGCCCCCUCUCGGCGCCGCUCUAGCCCUGGCAGCCGCGGGGCACCCCAGGGUGGCAACCCCUGUGCUCUGCCUUCCUGCAGAGAGCACUUUCCCUUCUUCCGCACGGCUCCCGAGGGCUGGAAAAACACCGUCCGGCACAACCUGUGCUUCAGCAGCAGCUUUGAGAAGACCGCCGACUUUGUGCACCUUGAAGGGAGCCGCAAGUCUCGCCUGUGGAAGCUGACCGCCGAGGGACACCGCCGGUUCCGGGAGGAGAUGCAGGCGCUGUCGGAGGACAUGAUGGGGCUGGUGCAUCAGAGCAUGGACAACCCAGGAUUGAUGGGCUCUCUCUUUGGCCUUUGACCGUCCCUCCGGCACACUGGCCUGGGCAGCCAUCACCAUGAGCUGGGCUUGCUUCUGUGGGCAGCGAGGCCCUCCCCAGCUAUCCCAGAAGAGUCCACAAAGUUGUCGAAGGGCUCAGGGCAGCUGGAGCCCUCCCUCGUUUCCCUCGGGGAGACGGAGCCCAUUUCCGCUCAGAGACGUGGUUGAGCCCACGGGGAGGCAUCCCAAGCCGCCAGGACUGCUGGCGGGAGAGGGAGGCCUUGCCAAAGCGGCCACCUGAAGCUGUGGGCUGCCUCUGCUGGAGGAGGAGGAGGGGCAGGCACCUGGCUGGGGGGCGCUGGGCUCUCCGGCCCUUGGCAGCGAGGCCCUUUGCGGAAGAGACAUUCCUGGGGGAAGAGACAUUUUUCAUUCAACCAACAAGCUACCAAAGAAUAUGGCACGUUGCCAUAGCACAAUUAUGUACAAAAGAUCUGUCUUUACAUUGAUUGUGUGUGUGUGUGUGUGUGUGUGUGUGUGUGUACGUACACACAUACAUCUACAGAUAUGAGGUUGGAAAACAAGAGAGUUGUGAGUGAGGUAUAUGUAAGCAAUACUGUAGCCAAAGGAAAAGGGGUUUAAAACAAAUCAGGUGAUCGGGGGUGUCACCUCUAAGGUCCAUUUCCACAACUUGACCCAUUGCCUUUCAGAAGAGGUGCUUUUGUCUUUCUGCACGUAACCAUACAGUCUCUUUCCAGGAAAAAAAAUCUCUGUCUUAUCCCUGUGUAUCUCUUAGUCACGUCUUACCUCCCCAUUCCUAUGUUGGAACAUAGUGCAAAGGACAUAUAGGUUUACUAGCCUGAUUACCAAGGCGGGGAGGGCGUUCCACUUCCCCAGUUUGCGCUGCUUUUGCACAAUUGACCUCCUUCGGGAAGAGCAGGCAGUGGAGGUGCCCAAUUUUUGUGUUGAUGUGAGUGUGUUCUGUUUACGGGCACUUUUGAAGUAAAAAGUGUGAAGGCCUGAGUGCCUGACCUUUUUGUUCUUGAAGAAGAAUCUUUCACUGCUGAAUGCAUAUGAUGGAGAGCAAUCCACAAUAAAGACCUUCAGAACCAUG